GACUUUUAUUUGUGGAAUCAUCACUUCCGGUUUGGCGACGUUCGCGUGGUAAAGAUGGCGGCGCCCUGUGAGCUGUUUUGCUGGAAGGCUGGUUUGGGGUUACCCUCAGUAGACACAGACAGUCUCAUCGUUCUGGCAUACGCUCGCUUUGCUGGAGCCCCGCUGAAAAUUCACAAGAUCUCCAACCCCUGGAGAAGCCCUACAGGUUCACUUCCAGCUCUCAGGACCAGAGAGGAGGGAAGCUGUUCUCAACCCAGUCAGAUCAUCAUACAGUUGAGAAAACAGAAAUACAAUGCAGACUACGAUCUCUCGGCCAAAGAGGGCGCAGACACGCUGGCCUUCAUCUCGCUGCUGGAGGAGCGACUUUUACCUGCGCUGAUAUACGCUUUAUGGAUCGAUUCUAAGAACUACGUGGAGGUGACGCGACGCUGGCACGCAGAGAACAUCUCCUUCCCCCUCAACUUCUUCCUGCCGAGUCGCAUGCAGAACAAGCAGUUGGAGAGACUCCGUCUUAUCCGAGGAAACGCUACGCUGGAGUCGGGAGAAGAGGCUGAGAAAGAGCUUUACCGUGAUGCUCUGGAGUGCUUGAAUCUUCUUUCUCAACGUUUGGGGUCAAACAAAUUUUUUUUUGGAGAUUCGCCCUCUUCUCUGGAUGCAUACGUGUUCGGUCAUUUAGCCCCAAUUAUUAAGAUUCAGCUGCCCAACUGUCGACUGCAACACCACUUGAAACAUCUGGACAACUUGAACACAUUUUGCAGUACCAUUCUGAACCUGUACUUUCCCAGCGAGAGUCCUGAGGGAGUUGGCCGCCCAGUGUCCCAAGCACAGCAGGGAAGCGACUCGGACAACGAGCCAUACAAGAGACGCAAACAGCUGCUGUCAGUGCUGGUUGCCGUGGCAGCGAUGUUGAGCUAUGCUCUCUUCACUGGCAUUGUUGCUAUUGAGCAUGUUCGUGAGGAGGAGCCUGGAGGCCACGCCUCUCUACAGGGCCCCGUCCAUGAGGAAGAGGAGGAGUAAAUGAAAUUAGGACUUACUAUCAGUUGCGCUGGGAGCGGUCACUUUUUCAAUAAGGAGGAACUCGUCUGUGCAACCAUAUGUUGUUAGAACUUUAUGUAUUAUUUAUUUGUUUAUUUGAGCUUUAAUUGCAUGAUGAUCUUUAAUCUUAUAUUUAGACUGCUUUCAUUUUUCAUACAGCUGUACUGUUGCUUGCAUCUAUCAACUGGUCAUUUGUUCACAAGUGUUCAUUUGUUUUUCUACCAAAAAUAAACAGGGCAACUGUUUAUAGAUGCUUUUUAAGGAACUUAAAAUUGAGAUCAGAUGUGAAAGCACUUAAAACCAAGCGAUGAAAGAUUUCGGCACUUUUCAGCUGAGGGUUUUAUUGCAUUAGUUUUAGACCCUUUUGAUAACUUUAUAGUCUCUGAUAAUGAGAGAUAUAAAUCUGUUUGUUCUGUUGCCUUAUUUGUUCCCUAUAGUUUUAGACUGCCGCUUUAAAGGUGCAGUGAACUGGCCGUUUUUAUUUUUUUAUUCUAUUGUCUGAUGUCUACUUAUGAUGUUCGCAUGGUUUUUACAUUCGAAAACAUCAAAAUCAAUAAGUAAUAGGCUAUUUUCUACCCUGGUUUUGAGGCCGGCUGGAGAAACGCUCGGUUUUUAAGGGUGGGCCGCAUAGAAGACUUGGAAGUAAACGCCCACUGCUAUGAUUGGAUAGCAGCUUGCGUAGUUGACUUAGUUUGAGCCUUCUGUGAAUUUGGUUAGACACGUAACGUUACGUAACGUGAUUUUACUCAAAUUUACGGACUUAUUUCCCAGAUGUGAUGGCAAGGCUUUGCGUAUAGUUUGUAUAGCACAGCACUGCUUUUUAAUUUUAGUCUCUCCGCAAAGACUUGUUCAAGGAAUCUGCGUUGAAAUGAAGCGAACAAGCGCUCAACGUUUUCCCCACGUGAGCUGGAAUGUCUUUAAAAAUGAACUUCAACCACGCAUUCCUCCUGUCGGAAUUUCAGUAACAAGGGCGUUUUCAGGUCUGACACUUACAGGAUGUUCGCUUGAAUACGAUUCCCUCUUAUAUAACAAAAGCUCGGGUUAAAAUUGUGGUCCUAGUUCACUGCACCUUUAAUGCAUUCUUUAUUUGCUACCUUUUCAAGUCAGUCUUUCUGCCAUCAGUAUCGGUCUGCUGUUGUAAUUGAGAUAUAAACUCGAAUGUUAUUGAUGCUAUUAAGAGAAGUAGAAAAUGACAAAAAUCCUGAAAUAAAAAUAGUGCCCCUAAAAUGACCAUGCAAUGUCCCAUAUCAUAAUUCUUCUAUGGACCACAAAGAUUUGAACGAACGGACCUAUGAUGCAUAACCAUAAUGAAGCGUUAUUCUUUACUACCUUAGUGAGCUAUUUCUAUCUACAUACACCACACGGGUUGUAUGGUAUUCACCAGAGCAGUUGAAAAACAGAGUUACGACAGAUACUGUAUAGACGUCUGUUGGAAGAAUGGAAUGCUGGUAACUCAUGUCAUGGAGUGACCAAUUAGUUCCAAACACUGCACCGAAGCCCAUUCAUUUCAAUGUCUCCCAAACGCAUUUGCUGUACAGUUGGUGAAAUAACGGCAUGUUUAUCUUAUAUUCACAGAACUUAUGAAUAUAAGAUAUUCAUAAGAUCAUCUUAUAUUCAUCUUAUAGAUCAUCUUAUAUUCAUAUUACUCCCCAGACAAAAUGCUGCUAUAAAUGUAGUCAACGUAGUAUUCAGUGCACACAAUGUGGUAAUAUAUUUAGCAAAAAUUAUGCAAAUAUAGUUGCUGUUAUCGGUCUCGCUAAAAUCCAUUUAAAUAGGUUGACAGCACGGAUUUGUUUGGAACUAUUGAGGGCUCCAUGAACCACGUGACCACACGGCGGCGAGAUCGAUGCUGUGUCCAAUAUCGCCUACUUCCAUACUAUAUAGUAGGCGAAAAUGAGUAUGAGUCAUGAAUAGUAUGCAAGAAACAAUAGGCGAGAAAUACCCGGAAGGUCUAACUUCUGACGAGAUUCGCGAGUGUUCUCUAUCCCAUGAUGCCACGGAGCUGAGCAACGGUCAAAUUUCAAAAGCAAAUCAAAUAAAUAUAGCGGAAAACUUUAAGGCGGACGUCUGUUUUUAAUACAAGUGCCAAUAAAUUAAUAUAAUAGUUUUCCUGUAGCUCAGUGAUAAGAGCAUGGCAUUAACAAACACCAAGGUUGUGGGUUUGAUCCCAAGGAAUUGCACAUAUUUAGAAACAAAUGUAUAGGAUAAUGCAAUGCAAGUCGCUUUUAAGCUUCUGCCAAAUGCAUAAAUGUAAAUGUAAAUGAAUUUCUCGUGACUAAAUUGUUUUUAUCAACGCUCACGUAUAGGUUGUUGUUAAUACGUCAUAGGUCAAAGAGCAUAUGGGUUACAUGACCAUAAAACAUGGCGGACGCAGUAUGGCCAAAAUGUAUUCAUACUACUCCCACUCAUAGAACGUACUGUUUUAAUGGCUGAUAGGUAGGUACUUAUUCAAAUUCAGUACGUACGGUCACAGUAUGCGAUUUCGGACGCAGCGCGAGUAUUGUAACUCAUAUUCAAUGGCUCUGGUAUUCACCAUGUUGUUUAUACAGUAGCCCUAAACUGACAAACUGCUAACGCGUAUCGUAAAUACAUUAUCUCCUUCGGUAAAGAAGCGAAAAUGUGAAAACAUCUUUGUUUUGUGUCAGCCGCUGUAGUGCUUCAAAAGGGAGGGGGGAGUGAGCCGUUGGUUUCAAAAUCCUCACCACUAGAUGCCGCUAAAUGUCAUGCACUGGACCUUUAGUUAAUAAAAUAAUUUUUGGUGGAACUAAACCUAUGACAGCGAAACAUGUCUAAAACUAUAAAUUAUGUGAUAGUUUGCGCAAACUGAGGAGACGGAUUAUUAAAACCAAAGAUGCUGUUGAAACAUCUUGCAGACAAACCACAAAGCUGGCUUGACAUUGUUAUUAGAGUUGCUGUGAAUUACUAUGAGGUCCAGUUUUAAAUGCAGUUAAAACAAAUUUUGCUUUCUUAUAUGAACUCAUGUAUUAGAGAAAUAAUGCACCAUGUCUAUAGAUUAACGAAGAUGGCCAAUAAAUAUCCAGGAAAUGUUUGUUUGCGUAAUGCUUCAUGCAAAAAUCCAUUCACAAGUUACACUUAAAGAUAUGUAUGUUUGUUGAGAAAUAAGUCAAAGUUAUCUGUUUUGCUUAAGGAUAGGAUUAUGUAGUCUCGCUCAAGAAAUCUAAACUCUUCAUACUGGACAGUCAUCUGUUCGUCUCUUCUCUCUGGGUGUUAUGUGCUGUAUAUUGUUAAUGGAUUUCUAUUUUCAUAAUUUAAGGGACAAAUAAACAGCGUGUGUCCUGGUUUUGUGUUGAGCUUUAUCAUUUGCAGACUAUGCAUUGAUGCUGAUGCAAUUGCAAGCAGCUCUUUUGUUUUGAGAUGUAUCUUUGAAUAAAAUCCUUAGUGUCUAGA